AUGAAAAAAAAAAUUAAAUUACUCUUAUUUAAUAAAAUUGUCGUGUUUAUCGUUUUACCUUGGAUGUGCUAUUUUAACAAUUAUUUGGAAGAUAACCACGUCCUUAUUAGAACAUUAGAUACAAGAAUCUACAGAUUACUAGGAAAAUGUAAUAAGUUUAAUGAUUCAUAUAAUAUAGAUUUAACAGAAGAUAUAUCACAUAAUAAAUCCUACGAAAAAAAAGAUAUAUUUUAUAAUGAAAAUAUAGUCACAAAACAAAACGAACAAUCAAAAAGAAAUUCGUUAAAUAAUGCUAGUGAACGUAAAAAGGCUACGAAAAAUAGAUCUUGUAUAUAUGAAACAAAAAAAUAUUCUAAUUUAGAGAAAAAAAUAUUCAAGGAACUUGAUUAUACAGAUUUUCUUAAAAACAACAGAACAGUGAGUGAUAGAAUUUACCAAAAAAUAAUAUGUAAAAAAUACGGAUUAAGAAUUGCUCUACCUUUAUUACUGUUUUUGUUGUUAUUGAUAGUAUUCAUAGUGGAAUUAACACUAGGAUUGUCCGGUAAAGAGUGUUUGUUAUCUUAUUUCGGUUUGAAAAAAGAUCACUUAGAUGAAUUGGUAAAAGAAGACAGUGGACCAUUGUCAUCAUUUGUAAAUGUACUGAAAAAGUUAACAGGUUUUUGGGAGCACUCCGGAAUUUUUGGCUCUAAGAAUGAUUGUAAUCUUUGUAAAGAUGCGAGUGAAAGUAUUAGUAAUGUAUGCAUAUUAGGACGAUUUUUUCGUAUUCUAAUAUGUUUUGUACCGUUUGUUAUAUUAGGUUUCACCAUUAUUUCAUGGAUUAUUUAUUACCAUAAAAAAGUUAAAAAAUAUGAAAAAAUUAAAUUAAGGAAAAGAUAA